UCUGUCGGCUUUUUAUAAACAGAAAAUGACAAAGCUGUGGCGUGGUCUGGAGCUUGUACCUUUCCUUUUAAUAGCUAUGAGCGAUUUACACGUAAAAACUGUAUUUGGAAAACCUGCAGUUGGUAUCAGUAAAUUUGAUUACAGAGAACAAUAUGGAAGUCGUGUAGCACUUAAUUGCAGAAUAACACCAGAUCCUAAACUACCUACUGUACACGUUUUCUGGAUGAAGAACAUCUCUGGUAUCAUGGUUUCAAUAGUAAGAGGACAAGGAAAGGAAGGCAUGACACUUGACAAUCCUUCACUAAUUAUUAAUGACGCUAAUUUUGCUGACUCUGGUCGGUAUAUUUGCUAUGGUAGAGAUAAUUCUGCUACUGUUCAAAGUCCAGCUAUCAGUCUUACAAUACUUGGUGAUCCAAUUAUCAAAGUAGACCAAACCAAGUACGAUGUGAACUACGGUCGUUCUGUCACACUGAGGGUUGAUAUCCAAUCCAAUAAGGAAACCCCUGUACGGAAAGUAUUUUGGCAGCUUAAUAACAAAGGGGUUAUAACGACGAUUGACUCUAAAACUGAAAAGAUAUCUGGAAAUAACAUUGAUAAUCCAUCUCUAACCAUCCAGACUGUAACAACAUCUGAAGCUGGAAAUUUUACUUGUUUUGCUACUCAUGAUAUGGGAACUGCAACAAGUAAAGCUAUCGUUGUACACGUAAUAGGAGAUUUACCAUCCGUCAACGUUGAACAGAAAACGUACCAAUCUGUUUAUGGAGAAGAUGUAACAUUGAAGUGUAUUGUUUUUUCGAAUCUCAACAUCGUUAAUGUGUAUUGGGAAAGAGUUCAAAAUGGUACAAAAACAAUCAUAAACCGAGACUCAAUUGGAUAUCAGGGUAUCUCACCUACCUAUCCGUCUUUGAAUAUCAUUUAUACUACUAAAACCCACAUCGGAACAUACAGAUGCUUCGCCACUAAUGUGGUUGGGACAUCUAUUAGUGGAUCUACAACAUUACAUGUUAUAGGCGAUAAACCAAUUGCCACAACCACAUCAUCGAUUUUGAAUGCAAACUUCGGUGAUUCAGUCACGCUUGAGUGCAUUGUUCAUGCAUUUCCGACACCAAGGAAAAUUUACUGGAAGAAAAGAAUCAAUAACCAUACACCAACAAUGUCAAUAAACAAGGAAUUUCCUGGAAUAUCCGGAAGUUCUAUUGAGACACCUUCAUUAACGAUAAAGUAUGCUACUCCUGCAAAUGAAGGAUAUUACAGUUGUUUUGUUGAAAACACAGCUGGAGUCACUGAAAGUAAACCUGUCAACCUGAUAGUGCUGGCAUCUCUCCCAGAAGUAAGUGUCCUUCUCCAGCCGAUAAUAACAGGAGCAGGAUUAGACGUUAUACUAAAAUGCAGUAUUCGGGCCGUACCACCAGCUAUAGAAGUGUAUUGGCAGAGAAAUACAAACGAUCAUCAAACAAUUAUAAAGUCAAGUUCAUUAAACAUAGAGGGAUCGACAGUCGGCAAUCCGUCAUUGACAAUUCGGAAGGCUUCGGUCUCGAUGUCUGGAGAAUAUACGUGCAUUGCAAGAAAUCCUGUUGGCACAGGAAGAAGUCUCCAUACGAUUUUAAAAGUUGAGCAAGUUAGAAAUACUCGCAGCUUAUCUGGCAGUCAAUCCGGUAGUCAGUAUCCAAUUAUUGAUGUAGCAAAAGACCAUUACAAGGUAGUUUAUGGAAGUGCUGUAACCUUGAUAACAAGCAUGAGAUCAAACGAAAAAUAUCCUGUUCGGAAAGUAUUCUGGCAACUUAAUAACAAAGGGGUUGUCAUGACGAUUGACUCUGAGACAAAGGGCGUAUAUGGAAAUAGUAUUGAUAAUUCGUCUCUCACUAUCCACAAAGUAACUACAUCUGAAGCUGGAAAUUUUACCUGUUUUGUUGCACAUGAUAUGGGUAUUGCUAGAAGUAUAUCGAUUGUUUUAGAUGUCAUUGGAGAUUUACCAACCAUUGAAAUUGAACAGAAAAAGUAUGCAUCUGUUUAUGGUGAGGAUAUUACAUUAGACUGUAAUGUAAAAGCCGAUCCUGCUAUCACUGAUGUGUAUUGGGAAAGAGUUCAAAAUGACACAAGCAUGAUUAUCAACCAUGAUUCAGUUGGUGUUCAGGGAAUAACACCUCAAAAUCCGUCUCUGAUUAUCAUUUCCAGUACCAAAAUGCACAUCGGGAAAUACAGAUGCUUUGCCUCAAAUGCAGUUGGAACGAGUGGUAGUGAAUCUAUGUCAUUGGGUGUCAUAGGUGAGAAACCAACAGUCAUAACAACACAAUCGAUUGUUUCAACUAACUUUGGAAAGGAAGUCACACUUAGAUGCAUCGUUAAUGCAACACCGAAAAUAACAAAGAUUUACUGGUAUAAAAAAAUUAACAGUCAAAACCAUGUUACAUUCAUACAUGACGGAUUCCCUGGAAUGUCUGGAAGUACUGUAGAGACUCCUUCAUUAACAAUCAAAUCAGGAACUCCUGCAAAUGACGGCAAUUACAGUUGCGUAGCUGAGAACGUAGUCGGAAUAACCGGAAGUAAACCUGUCAUAUUGAUUGUGCGAGCAGCAAUCCCGGAAGUGACUGUUCCCCACGACCCGUUAACUGUAGAAGCUGGUGUUGACGUAACACUCAACUGCGAUAUUAAAGCAAUUCCAUCAGCGACGGAAGUGUAUUGGGAGAGAAAAACAAGUAAUUCAACCACAAUCAUAAAUAAAUAUUCGUUACAAGUAGAAGGAUCUACUGUCAGCGAUCCGUCAUUAACAAUUCAGUCGGCUUCAGUGUCGAUGUCUGGAAAAUAUACCUGUUUUGCAAGAAACCCUGUCGGAAUAGAAAGUGGUGUAGAAACAGUGUUAAAAGUUUUGGAUUCCCUGUCAGGCAUAAUAAACCAUGAAUCCGACGAUGAUGACAGUGUAAUAAUGGAGGCUGUAUUUGGCACUAUAGGUUCAAUUGUGGGACUCGGUACGAUGAUAGGUGGAUUCAUUACAUGUUAUUCCAAAAGGAGAAAACACACUGAACAAAGUUGAUGUUCAUGAUUUACCGAGCUUGAAGUAAGUCAUAUACAUGCCAUCCUACAAUAACAGACACAUGGACCUGCAGAAUAAUUAUUUAAUUGGUAUUUUUCAUUGUUGUUUAGAAGCACCUCUUGACUCAUGACACAGUAUGAAUCAUUGUAUGAUUAUUAUCAAAUGUGUUGAUGUACAAACAAUUUGUAUUAUAUACUCAAAAGAAAAGUAUGUGUCGUAACUUCAAAUUGGUGUAUGUUAAUUAUUUAGGUUUGUUUUUUACUAAUUUUAACCAUCUUAAAAAGUUUUGGCUUAUCAUUAUGUUGCAAUAUAUUACAAUUUUAACUGCUUUAUUUACGAAAGAAUAUAGCAUUUAAAGUAUAUAACAGCUCUUAAUGGAAUGAAAUAAGCCAGAUAAGGCAUUAUGUUUAAAAUAGGUUUAUACAAACUAUAUGGAACUUAUGUUUUAUUCAUUAUAUAACGGCAUAAUUUUCCUAUUUCAAAAACAACUGAAUACAACUAAAGUCUUAAAAAGCAACCAAAUCACCUUCAAUUGGUAAUUAAACGUAAACAUAAUGAAAUCUUAAGACAAGUACAGUGUCUUCUUUUCAAAAUAUAUAUAAAUAAGAAAACUUUAUGUUCUUUAACUUUAUAUACAUUUAUGAAUCACAAUGAAGUAACUUGACGAUGAAAAAUAAGGAACAUUCAUUUGAUUUUGUCAUAUCACUACUUAUAUUAUACACAGUUCAACUUGUUGAUUUUAGUUUUUGUAUCAGAUCUGCAAUCAACUAUAUUAGAGUUUAUAGUUCAUCAUUGUUUAUAUUUUUUAAAUGACAAUCGGAAUCUAUUGUUCAAGGUUUUGAUGAUUAUAAAUUUUGGGUUAAUUUG